AAUAAAUAUAUAUUUAAUUGCACACUCUAGUAACUAGUGGCUUUGUGAACAUUAGACCUAACGAGCAUAACUUAAAAAUGAAUAAAUGUAUAGCUCCAUCAUUUAGAAAAAAAAAACCACAACUGAAUCGACAAAAAAAAAAACAUUUAAUCAUCGAACCUGCUUUCAAAAUUUCACGAGAAUCGGUUGAACGUUGCUACCUAUAGACGAGAACAUCCGGACAUACGAAAACAUUUAUGCCUGAGCUGCAACGGAGACCUACGCUAAAGCGCUGAUAAUUAAUGUCACCUAAUUUUACAAUGAAAACAUUGUUAUGUAUAGACAAAACCUUCAAAUAAAUAUCGCUUGUGAAUUCUACAAUGUAAUUUCCCUAUCGAUGUAAAUAUUUACCGGCAUCACUAUGCCCGUUGCGCCCAGCCCCUCAGUCGGUGUAGCCGGGAGCCCGCGCGCGGACGAACGCCAUUUUGUUUAACCGCCGCCGUCCUUCAAUCAGAAAACGCACAAUCAAUCAGCAAUAUUUACCCACGGAUAUAACCACAAACAAAGAAUUUGCCAGCAACCAGGACGAAAAAAUAAUCAAAAUUCUGCCUCUUCUGAUAUUACUUCUUUCUUAUCGGUGUCAGUGUCAGAAUUACAAUAAUAUCAAAGAUGAUAGACGAUAAUUGAACAAAAUCUGCCGCGUUAACGUUUCUUUUUCAAAACAUCUGUGAAAGUGCCACGCUUGUAACCAUGGAGAGGAUUCAUUAGCGUUGUGAGCUAACUAGCUCCCCAACCCACGCUCAACCCAUCAAUGCUAAACUACAGACUAGUUUCAACACAUUUCUUAAAGCAGCCGUAAAUCUUAUAAAAGCGAAAUAUAAUAUUGACUGUUUGUGCCGUACCAAUAUGUGCCGCGACCGAGACAUGUCGGUGCAAAGGAGUGACAUCAUCAAAUAGACUGCACGAACCUUUUAGACUAUACAUUAAGAUAUAAGUUAAGUGUCAAGUUUCCGUCAAAACGGCGCGGGCUUCCGCCCUGCCGUUUCGUUUUGUUUUUUUCUGUUUAUUUUAUAUCAAAGGAUAAGAAAUAACCCGGUGGUUAAGCAUUAGGUUUUGGAUUUCUGGACGGGGUUCAGCCCAUAGGGGCCCCAAGCGACCUGGCCAGCCGCAGUCGGGACAACAUUUCCAGGAUAUUGGACUCCAUAGUUGGUGCCGCAAGAUACUGCAUUAAUCCUCACAUAACGGCCUUUGGAAAUUGGGGAUUUUAUUUCGAGUAAAGUUUUAAGUCAGAAGCGAACAUGGUACAAUUGGAAAGUCUGCAGGGUUUCGGGCACGAAAGCGAGUGCUCGAGCGAGCGGCCCGUUGUUAUAACUGGCCCCGGGUGGCGUGCGCAGUGCUGCGAGCGGGAGCGGGGGCGUGAGCAAGCGCGGAACGCAGACGAGAUGGCAGCGCCCGAGUGCGAGCGGGAGGCGCGCAAGCGACGCGAGCGGCGCGACUCUGGCUGCGCGCACGAGCGGAAAGAGAGGCGGCCGCACAGCGAAGAGCGAGCUCCACCACCGCCGCCUCCGCCACCACUACACGACCAUAACCGCCUUGAGUCGGAGCGACGCGCCGAGCGGUUAUCGCGCGCUCGUCGGCCGCAGUUCGGCGGCAAGCGACGGCGCGCGCCCGCCCGCCAGCACAAGCAACCCAAAGAGAACGAGCUCGAAGACGUGCGGACCGCCACCCCGCCGCACUUGGACUACACCCUGUUGCAGAAACCACAACUAUGCGAGGAGCCAGAGACCCUAGACGCGGGCGCACUCGACGCGUCGGCGGCGGAAAACGCGGCGGCAGCCGAGCGUAUGCGCCGAGACGAGCGCAGCGUGGCGCCGCACUCGCGCCGCGACCAGCCAGCGCCUGACCGUCGCCUCGACAAGAUCAACAAGAAGAUCAGCGUGCUUAAAAAGAACAUCGCGAAGCACGAGACCGAAUACGAAGCAAAGCAUGGCUACGCUAUCACACCAGGCGAGCGCAUCACCGACGUGCAGCUCACGCGCAUGUACGAGACGCUGCGGCGGCUCCAGGCGGAGAAGCGGUGCAUCAAAGCAGACCCUGUUGAGUACGCGCUCAAGCUACAGGCCGCUAAGCAGCAGAAGGAAAGAGAUGAUAAGCUGGAUGCGGCGCUGAAGAGUGAGAAAGCUAUGACUGAAGUUGUAAGGGAUAUUGAGGAGUGGUUGGAGGGUUGUCGCCAAGCAGCAGGACGGCUUACUAGCGCUGAGAAUUCAUGGACGAGCGCACAGCUAGCGGCCGAGAAGUCGUGCGUGCAGCGAGCACUGCUGCGACUCGAGGCGGCGCGCGGCCGUCCGCCGGCGCACUCCGCCGAGCGCGGCGCCGCGAGGCACCUGUACGAGCGAUAUAGAGCUGUCAAGCGGGCGCUGGCCUCCUCUAGACCUGAUGCGGUCGGUGGAACGAAUGGGGAGUUGGCGACGAUACAUGAGCAUGAAGCGAUGUUGUUCAACACCAGUGUGGACAGCUCCAGCGACAGCCAAGAGAAACCUUCCGACUCUUCACAGGAGACAACAGAAACGCCUCUCCAGUCGCCACCCACGCGCGACGGCGAAGAGCCACCCUCAUCCACUUCGUCCGCCAAGUCUGGCACAACCAGCGAAGAAGCAACACCGUCCAACGAGGGCCUGCACUGCCUCGGCCUUGAAGACUUGGCCAGAGCUCUUGGCGAAGCGAAAUUGCAGAAAUGUGUAUUGCGAAGGAGCAUAAAAGAAUACGAAAUAAGCUUCGAACUCCAAAACAGCAGGAAGGUCCAGCGCGACGACAAAAAGGGCCGCGAGGAGGAGUAUCUCCGCUACAAGGCAGUGAAGGCAAGAAUCAAACUGCUCAAUGCCCUCAUCAACAAACAAAAGGCUUUAAACUUUUAGCUGAAACAAGACUCGAGAAACGCAACGCAACGCCAAGCCAAACCAAAAGAGACAAGUUCUAGUUUUUGCCCCGACAAGGAUUAACCAUUCAGUUUUAUUGGAGCAAAAUGAUCUAAUACUCCAUUUGAACGCAAGAGCGUCGAGGAUGUGCCACAUGAAUUCGUUGAAUACACUAACGAGAUACGCAGCACUGAGUUAUACUGCGAAACUUAGAAAUGGAUAAAUAUUAUAAAGAAUAACUAAGCUUGUUAUGAGUAGGGUAAUUUUUUCUCAGAACGAUUGUCAGUAACCAGACAGUUUUAUUACUUUCCAUGUAACCCAAGGGUAUCUUUUUUCUGUGUCGAAAAAAUCUAAUUUAUUUAACUCUAAAAAGGACUGUGGACUUUCAUUAAAAUACUAAAUUCAAUAUAUCAUCAUCAUGAUUAAUUUGGUGUUUGACUUUGGAACAUUAAGGCUAAUAUAUCAACAAUUGUAUUUCUACUUACCAAUAUAGUAUUAGGUAUGUAAAGUGUGUACAAUAUCGUACGAGUGUACAAUAUUUACCUAUUUAACUGUGAAUUUGGUAUAUGAAUUACUUAAUUGUUAGAUAAUUCUGGGGCGGUAUUUAUAAAUAAAUGUAGGGAUGUCAUUGGGUCAAGUAUAAUGAAUGAAGUGGAUCAAGGUAUUGUGUAGCCCAAAGGGCGAAUAGGUGUUCAAGGAAAAAGUGGUUCCCUUGAGGCAUGCAAUCCGAUGUAAAAAUAUUGGUAGAACGGUUAAAAAUAAACUUGGAAUAAGUUAUUGCACAUGCACAUGCAAUAAUUAUAACACAAUUAAAGAGAUAAAUAAUGACUCAUACGUUGGUAUGAAUUCUUAAUAAAAAUGUGCGGUGAUAUUGCGCUUGCUAAACUGCAGAUCUGCGAACUUGUGCUACCAAAUCGAGAAAUUGACAGGUCGAGAUAGAAAUUUGUGACACGCACACUGCUGUCUCGCGUGUAAUCAUGUGCUAGCCGUGCAGAAGCAGUAUGCAAACCUUAUUUUUUGUAAUAUUAUGUUAUUGGUCGUAGGUCGUAGCUCGCACGUACUUAUUUUAUAACUGCGAGCGAGAUAGUCACUGCCGGUACCUAGUAACAUAUCGAUAAAAGAUUUUUAAAGCUCAGAUGCCGCACCUGGCUCCGGAAUAACAACUUCAACGCAUGUAGCCAUCAUGAUAGGUAUUAACAUAUUUUGAUCUAAGACCAAGAUGUUGAACUUUGAUUGAAUUCUCGGAUAUUAAUUAAUGUACCUGAUAUCACCGGGUGUAGAGUACGGACAGAGGCAAAUUUCCUUCGUUUCAAAUAUAUAACAAAGCCAAUAAAAAAGGUAUUCUUUGUAAUAAGAUAAAUGCUGUUGUUAUUUAAAAAUUAUACGAAGUGUAAAUAGUUAUAUUUACGAAUAUUUAACAUGUAGCAUAAUAUUGCUCUGUGUACAAAGAUUACUAAACGCAUGGGUUACUUUGUAUUAAUGAAACUUGAGCUUCUGUCUGUCUGUAUGUGUCAAGUUAUAUAGACAUAAGGUGUUCUUUCACGGGCAACUACAUAUUUGGUAUAACUACACCAUCAAAGUAAAGGUAUUGGGUUCUGGACAUGGGUAACUGAUUAAUUCUAGUACUAGUCCUACAUUUAAUAAAAUCAUAUGGGAGGUUUAGUUGCCAUGAUUGAGGCUGCUAGAUACAUUUUUAGAGUCUUCUUUAAAAGAGGAAAUUACUUGAAUAGAAUCGCUAAUAAUUAAAUUAUUGAAAGUAAUAAAAAUAUUGUCUAGUGAUAAGCUACUUACCUGUGAUUUUUAUUACGAUUGUAAUGUUCUUGUAAGACAAGAAAAUCUUUUGAUUAGAUGUUUUUAAUUUAUUGUUAUUAUAUGUCUCAUGAUUUGAUUUUAAUGUCGUUUUGAACUGUUUGUGUUGUAUUUAUAUGGUCAUUUUUUGUGUUUACAUUGAUUACUCAAAGGUGACCUGAAAGAAUUUUUUAAGAGGUGUCAUACAGGAGUCUGCACCUUCUGUGUUAUGUCUAAGAUCUUAUACGCCGGUUAGAAUUAUAUAGAUUGAUUAUUACACAAAUCAACUCACUUUUUAUAAUGAAAAACAUUAAAAUGUAUCCGGACUGCAAUUUUAUACUAUAAAAUAAUAAUAUUAUUAUAAAAUAAUGUGUAGCUUGUGGUAGAUGCCUGCAAGGUAUCCGAGGUACCAGUAAAAUUUGUACAUAUACAUAUCUUUAUAAAAAUGAUGGUAAAAUACCCCUUUGUUCUGUAAGUCGUUUAAUGUCAAGCGAAGUAUUAUAAGUUUAUGUACUUACUACAAAAAGGUCCUUCCAGAUAUCUAGAAAUAUAGUUCUGGUACCUACCUAGCUCGAGAGAAAACUUGUAUGGUUGAACGCUGAUGUACCUUGCCUAAUGUUAAAAAAUAAUCAGCCAGUAAUUAGGUAAAUUUCUGUAAAUUGCCAUGAUUAUCCAUAUACGAAUGUGUUUAAAAAUAAAAUGCUGAACUAUC